AUGUGUUUUUCUUGAUUUUAUUAUCAUUGAUUUCAACAAAAGAUACCAAUAAUUUCAUUAAUUAUGUUUCCAGUGAGAAACCAAAGUAAUCCAAAUGUACCAUAUCAAGGUCAAAGCACUGAACUAGUAGCUAUACAACAAUACCGAGGAGGUCUAUUCAGCCAGGGGCUAGUUCGUCAGUUACCCCCAUAGCGUAGCUUGCCAUAGGCCAUAUUUUUAAUAACAUACUGAACUGAUGUUUACAUAACAUUUUAGGCUAAACUGUUUGUCACUAUUAGUAAUUACGCUUUAGGUACAAACUAAAAAUAAACUUGUCUUGGUACUACAUAUGUAGGUUUCUCUGAAAUAUUAUGAUUUAAUAGUUACAAAAUAUAAAAAUGGCGCAUGUAAGUUUUCUGUUUGUUUAAAUCUUCAUUAUUUAUUAAAUUUUAUUUCACUAUUAGCUUAAGUGUUUGUUUUCAUAAACAUGAGCAAAUUUUAUACACAACAUGUUACAAAAUUAUAUUUAUUAUUGAUAGAAAGCAUAUAGUAAUGAAACUUUUACUUAGGCUUGAAAAUCUUUAUUCUUCUUCUUACUCUCCUUUUUUCUAUUUUCUAUUUUAUGUAAACUCAGUUCAGUUAUACAUAAGGAAAUAUAGGCCACAGAAAUAAUUUGGCUGGUAUGAGUUAUGGGAGUAGCAUUAGACUGCUUUCAAGUGCAUAUGCGAUGCUAGACCUUGGUGGGAUAGCACAACCGUACAGGUUCCUUGUGUAGCGGCGACCCACCCUAUGUUUUGCAGUACAAUCAGCAAGCCAGUUUUCAAGCAACACAACCUCCUCCAAAUCAACAAAGUAAUUACAAACAAGGAAGUUCACAAAAUGCACAACCAUUUAAACCACAGCAGCAGCAACAACAACCACAAAUGCAACAAGUAGCAGCAAGGAAUUUGCAACAUAGCAAAUCUCAGCAACCACAAAUGCAACAAGUAGCAGCAAAGAAUUUACAGCAAGGGAAACCACAACAGCAACAACAAUUGCCACAGCAAAUUAAACAACCACAACAAUCCAUUGCCAAUUCUUCUCAAAGCCAAGUUCAACCACAGCCUCAAUCACAGUCCCAACAACAAUCUCAACCACAGCCUCAAACACAAUCACAAUCACAAUUUCAACCUCAAAUACAACGGUUGAAACCAAUUUUAAAACUACCUCUUCAUAAUCAGCAACAAAGUGCAAUUGCUAUGCAAAAUAAUCCUGUUUCAUCUUCUCAAACAUUAGUUUCUACUCCAACAUCUCCCUUAACAACUAACUCUAAUCCUACACCUCCUAACAACAAUAGCACAUCUGAAGUAAAGAAUGAAAAUCAAAUGAGUGAAGAUACAGAUACUAAAAUAGAAGAACAACUUCCAAGAUGGAGGCGUAAAGCACCCGGAUUUAGAGUAAAUAAAAGACUGAAACGACUUCGUUUGAAUCAACGUCUACGAAAGACAUUGCAACCCAAGAAUGCAAUUAUGGUACUAAAUGAAAUGAAACCUGGAGUCCAGUUCACAUUUCCUGAAACUCAAGGACCUAUGCCAAACUCCCUAUAUCUCGUUCAUGCAGAGCUUGAUGGUAAAACUUAUGUUGGACAAGGAUUAUCUAAACCACUUGCUCGUCAAAAUGCUGCUGAAAAUGCAUUGAAAGCAUUAUUACUUGAAAAAAUGACGGCAGCAUCUAUGAAAGCACGUAUUGAUGCUGAGUCAGAUGGACAAUCAGUUCAGUCUAUGGAUUCAUCUACUAUAUCAAAAGAGGAAAAUAACGAAGAAGGUGUAACACCAAUGGAUACUACUGUUGAUGAAAGUGAUGAAAUUCCAUGGAGCUCUUUGGCUAGUUUUGCAUUGUAUAAGCUUUUCCUUGAAUGGCAUAAUCAAGGAACAUCAGUUCCAGUUCCAAGACCAGGAUUACCAUCACCUGUUAAAGGAAUUAAAAGAGAGAUUUCUCAUGUUCAAAAAACUCCAGUUCAGAAAGAACUUCCACCUAAUGCAACAAACAUACACCCUGUAAUGUUAUUAAAUCAAAUGAGACCAGGUUUAACAUAUGUAGAACUUAAUCGAGUUGGUAAUCCACCAAAUACAAUGUUUACUCUUGCCGUUGAUAUUGAUGGUAUUGAAUAUUCAGGAACAGCAAAGAACAAAAAGGAUGCCAAGAAAAUAGCAGCAAAAUCUGCACUCUUUGCUUUGUAUGGUUUAAAUUAUCCAGAUGAAGCUUCAUCAGUAAUGGACCAAUCAAUAGCUUAAAACAUCAAUAUUGCAAACAUCAAUAAUUUUUGUAAUAUAUUAUAAAAUAAUACUAUUAUAUUAUAGUAUUACUCAUACUAUUACUCAUUUUGCUUUGACUGCUUUAAUUCAUAUAUUGCGUGAAUAUGUAGCAUAUUACAAAAGACAUUGAGAAUUGCAACGAGGAAAAAGAUUUAAAUAUAUAAACAUGUAGAAUUCAUUUAUAUAUUAUUUUUAGUAUAUCUUAUCUUUCGGUCCAAUGGCCUUGAAAACAGCCAGUUUGACUUACAGAACUAAAAUUCAUCUAAACAAAAGUUGAACUAAGUCUAAAACUAUUUUCUAUUAUCUUGCUUCAUUGCACUUUCUUAUUCUUACAUGUCUUCUUUCGCUUCCUAAUCUCAAUAACAGUAACUACCACCCGCAACUGAUUCAUAUAUCUCUAUUCUUUUCUUCCUUUCUCUAUGCAAUAUCAUGUUCCUUCUUUUGAACUUUUAUUGGGUUAAGAUCACAAAUCUUCCCUUUUUUCAAUCCCCCACCCUCCUCCACCGCACAUAUAUAUUCUAUGUUUCUCAACAUAUCAAAACCUACGUAUUCUAUUCUUCCAAAUUUCUGCAUCUCAUCCUAAGUAUCAAUCUUAUUGGCUUCCUUUAAUCCCUUUAUUAACUAAGUGCUUCGGUAUCUUGUCUGUUUUCAAAUCUUUAUAUCUACAGUCAAACUUAGAAUUUAUUAUCCUACUAAAUUUAAGAACAAUUCUUCUUGAAGUUAUACAUUCUCAUAUAUUUUCUAAGAAUGCAUUUUUUCUCGUUUGUACUUAAAUACUCCAAUCUUUCCUGACUAUAUUUAAAUCUUCUUAGGUAUCUUUCUUUACUUAUUUUGACAUUUGGAAGUUUUUGUUUCCUUCUUUUUCUUCCUUGGCUAAGGUUCUUCUUGUUACCUCUUCUGCCUUUAUUUCAUAUUUGAUUGUUUUAAAGCCCAAACAUACUUUCAUCUUUUAAUUUUUGAUCUCUUCUAAUGUUAUGUAAUCUGCCCGUUUAAUCCCAAAGUUCACUUUAGGUAUUAACUGUAUUCUUCUUAAUUCAUUCCUUCUAUCCUCAAAUUUUUGCUCCAUAUAAUAUUGCACUCUUUAUUAAAUUAUCUAAUAAACUUAUUCUUUACAUAUAAUCAUUCAGGAACAAUUUUUCUCCAAUUCCUCAGCCUUAUCCUACUGUUAACACUUAGCCUCGCUCGGACAAGCCAACCUAAACGCUGUCCGCCGCCCACUUCUCCAAAUAUCGAGGACUAAUAUUCGUUACUUAAACAAAGAAGUCUAAAAAUUAUUUAAAUGGUCAAUUAUACUUAGCGAUAAUGAUUUCAUUUAAUGAUUUCACAUAUUGUUUAUACGAAACAUCAAAUUAUGAGUAAAUAUUAAAAGCAUAAGAAAAUAUAGAUAAAAUUAAAAACAUUAAAGAUGACUAAAGAUAAAUAACACGACUUGAACGCGAAGUUAAAAAUUCAUAAUACAUUUUAAUAUUCUUUUACAAUAUGGUAUUGUUCGAUUAUAAUUUUAUUUAGUCAUAACUGAUAGCGUAAUCUUUUAAUUAGUUUUAACGCCACUAAAUUGGUGUAUUUUAUUACAUACUGUACUUUAUAAAAGCAGAAAAAGUUGUACAAUUAAUUGGGAACAAUUCCAGGUAAACAAUAACUGAUAAUAAAA